AUAGGUAUUUAGAAAAAAUGUCUUAAAAAAGAUUUUAUGGGAAAAAAUGUUUAUUAUUAUAAACGAAGAGGAAAAAUUAGAUUGUCUGUUUGCUUUUAAUAGACUUUGGAGUCGCGGGAAGAACUAGUGUUAAAUAAGUGAAUAACAAAUCCUUUUUAACUUUUGCGCAGAAGAACAGCGGCGACCAAGUCUCGAACGUCAGAAUACCUUGUAUGAUGAUGGGAUGAGCUACGGCUACGACGUAUAUAGCACUAGCACGCACAUAAGGGACCAUUCGCAUAUAUCUCAACAGCCUAGUUACGAAGAGUAUUUCGACUCCAGUAGCUAUCCUUACCAGACUUCAUACCUCGGGGAAGACUCGCGGCAGUGGGACAGUGGGGGGCAUAUCUUUUACGACGACAAUUAUGGCCUCACGCCAACUGAGUAUGAAAAUGUCGUCAAUAAAAGAAGGUCUUCGGUUGUUCAGCUUCCACAGAUUCCGCCUAAACAGCUACCGCCUUCCUCUAGGUAUUCGGACUAUAAUGAGAUGGCGCCAUAUAGGCCUCGGCCGAGACGUACUACUGCCAGUCUUCCAGGUAUACAUAGGUGUUUUAUUCAGUAUGAUAUUUUGUUGUUUUUUGCUAUUAUAAAGAUAAAGAAGUUUCAAUAUGUAAUUUUUUUUGUUGAUUAAAAUCUAUUUUAAAUUUUGAAUAAAGAAUGCUAUGUAAACUUGCUCUUAUUAAGAUAUUAUACAACAUAUCAUACAACAGU